AUGACUUGGCUCGCUAAACUUGAUAUUAUAACUAUUGAAUAUCUAGUUUCCGAAAUCGUUAUAUUUUCUUUCCUAUUCAUCUCAUUUUCAUUUGGAACUUCAAGUUCAGUACACGGAGAUUUUCUACAUUGCCUUUCCCACCAUUCUAAGACUUCCAUCCCAAUCUACACAUCCAGCAAUUCUAACUACUCAUCCAUAUUAGAAUCUACUAUUAGUAACCUGAGAUUCAACUCAUCCACGACCCGAAAACCCAACCUUAUAAUCACCCCUUUAUGUAAAUCCCAUGUUCAAGCAGCUGUGAUCUGUUCUAGAAAGAGAGGAAUUCAGAUAAAAGUUCGAAGCGGAGGCCAUGACUUUGAAGGACUCUCGUAUACAUCUAAUGCUCCAUUCAUUAUUGUUGAUUUGUUCAAACUUAGAGCGAUCAAUGUCAAUGUAAAGAAUAGAGUAGCAUGGGCUCAAUCAGGAGCGACCGUCGGCGAACUAUAUUACAGAAUUGCGGAGAAAAGUCCAAGUCUUGGAUUUCCUGCCGCGUUUUGCACUACAGUUGGUGUUGGUGGAUUCUUAAGUGGAGGUGGGUACGGGUCUAUGUUUAGGAAAUACGGACUUGCGGCUGACAAUGUCAUCAAUGCUCGAAUAGUUGAUGCCCGUCGGAAGAUUUUGGAUAAGAGAUCCAUGGGAAAAGAUCUGUUUUGGGCUAUCCGAGGAUGUGGUGGAGGGAGCUUCGGGAUCGUUCUUUCAUGGAAGGUCAGAUUAGUUGAUGUUCCACCUACUGUCACUCUUUGUUCAGUAAAGAAAUCCCAAGAAGAUGGUGCAAGAAAAAUUGUUCACAAGUGGCAAGAAGUUGCGCAUAAGCUGCCGCAAGAGGUCUUCCUUGACGUGGAUUUAAUUGUGGUGAAUGCUACUGGGAAUAAAAAAACACUCCUAGCUUCAUUCAACUCCGUAUAUCUCGGGGGUGUUGAGAAGUUUCAGAUUGUGAUGGAAGAAAGAUUUUCUGAAUUGGGAUUGGAGACCAAGGAUUGCAUUGAGAUGAGUUGGAUUCAGUCUGUACUCUUUUUGUCUGGAUACCCUGUAAAUGUUGCACUUAAAGUGUUACUAAAUCAGACACAACCAAAGACAUUUUUUAAGAUAAAAUCUGAUUAUGUCAAAGAACACAUUUCUGAAAUUGGAUUACAAGGGCUAUGGGAGAGACUGCUAAUUGAGGAGCUGACGUUUUUGACCUUCAUACCUUAUGGGGGAAGAAUGAGUGAGAUUUCAGAAUCCGCAUCUCCGUUCCCGCAUAGAAGAGGAAACUUAUUUAAGAUCAUAUAUUUGGUGUCCUGGGAUGAGAAACAGAACCAUGCAUCUGAAAAGUAUAUCAGUGGUGUUCGGAAUUUGUACAAGUAUAUGACUCUGUAUGUUUCAAAAUCUCCAAGGGAAGCAUAUAUCAAUUAUCGAGAUCUUGACCUGGGUCAAAACAGUAAGAAUGACAAAGCAAGUUACUCACAAGCAAGUACCUGGGGACGCAGGUAUUUCAAGAACAACUAUAAGAGACUAGUGCGUGUGAAGAGCAAAGUUGAUCCGGAUAAUUUCUUCAUACAUGAACAAAGUAUUCCAAGUAUUGCAUAUUAA